AUGUUUACUAGAUUUGAUGCAAAUAAAUCCACCAAAGGUGCCUCGAAGCUGAGGCGCGAUCUAAUCAACUCUGAGAUUGCUAACUUGCGCGAUCUCCUGCCACUGCCCCAAUCCACCAGGCAGCGUCUCUCCCAACUUCAGCUAAUGGCGCUGGUAUGUGUGUACGUGCGGAAAGCCAACUACUUUCAGCAGGUGUUCAAACGCAGCAUCGACAUCGGUUUACACUCGGCUCCAACACCAAAUAUAGGAUUCUCCAAGGCCCUAUCUGGAUUCCUCAUGAUGCUCACACAGAAUGGGAAGCUGCUGUACAUUUCGGAUAAUGCCGCCGAAUAUUUGGGCCAUUCGAUGGAGGACCUCCUCAUACACGGUGACUCCGUUUACGACAUUAUCGACAAGCAGGAUCAUGGUGCCAUCCAGAGCGAGCUGAGUCGAGGUGUUUCGCAGCAUACGGGUCACCACCACCACCAUCACCAUCAUCAUCACCUUCACCAUCACCAUCAGCAGCAGCACAAUCAUCAGUUGCUUAGCAAUAAUCAUCACAAUCAUCACGGUCAUCAUCAUCACCAUCUACUGCAUCACGGGCAUGGGAGUUCCCUUUCGCCUUCCGGUUCGUCUGUGGCCAGCACGAGCGGUGUUGGGGGCGGCGGAAGUGGGAGUGGUGGUAGCGGUUCCUCAAGUUCAACGGCGGGUUCGUCGCUUCUGGAUGGUGAACAGCGAAUCUUUCUGUGUCGCAUGAAUGUGAGCAGGAAUGCGAGGCGCCAGAUGCGGUUUGGUGAUCAGAAGGUAGUAUUAGUGCAGGGCCACUAUCUGUCCUAUCUGCCGCUGUGCAGCCGUAACGAGCCCGUCUUCAUCGCGACCUGCACUCCGAUCGCCAUGCCGGAAACGCGCGAAUGCGUCGUCCAGGGUGCGACCAACGUCUUCACUACGAUCCACUCGAUGGACAUGAAGGUGGUGCACAUUGACAAAAAUGGUGAAUUUCAUCUUGGUUACAACCGAAGUGAACUCCAAGGUGUGUCCUGGUAUCAGCUUUUGCACUGGGAGUCGACACGCGAGGCACAAAGCAAACAUAGGCUAAUAACUCAAUCAGAACAGGACCGAUCGUGCAUUCUGCUGGUACGAAUGCAACGCCGCCAGAGCGACUUCCUGUGGGUGCACGUGGUCCUGCAAGUACGUGACGGUCAAGACUCGAACCAGCAAUCGGUGAUCGUGUGCACUAAUCAGGUGUUAAGCGACCGUGAAGCGUCCGUGAUGCUGUCCAACUCGUGGCUGUACCAUUACUACACCGUACAGUCAAAGAUGCAGUUCGGCAUACCGUUCGAGGGAGCCACCAGAAUACCUCCGACGGCGCCGUUCUAUACCUCCACCGCUACCGGCCAUCACACCAAUCACUCGCCGAGCGGAGGAAGCACAUCGGCUGGAGCCAUGUCGGGAUCGUCGGGGGUAACACUGGCGGCCACCGGUGUACAGCCGCAUGGGUAUGCGCCAUCGCACCACUCGCAUCAUCACAUUCCUGCGUACGGUUACCAUUCGCCUUCGGGACAGCAUCACAACGGCGGAUCGGUAACUCCGAUGCUGCACGCCCAGCAUCAAACGAUCAACAAUGGCACACUGACGACGGGUAACGAUGAGUAUGGGAAUCGGGCGUAUGGCUUCCGGUUAGAUUCGAACGGACAACCGGUAGACUAUAGCGGCGGUCAUCCAACGCCACCAACGUCAGCACCACCGGCUUUAAUAAAUCCAGCUGCUAUUCCUGUUCCGGUUGUACAAGUGACACCGCACAUACGCUGCCACAAUGGUGGAGGAACUGGAAGUGCUUCCAGCAGCGAGUUGGGUUCGGGUAGUAAUGGAACCGGUGCUGGUGAUCCUACCAAUAGUCAUCAAACAAACAGUGGAAAUAGUGACCGUCACAAUGGAACACCUCCGGCUAAGAAGCGGAACAUAAACCGGCUGGAACCGAUCUACAUUCCCGAAAAUGGACAGUCUGAAUCUUCUGAAGUGUCUACGGUGGAGCUGCAAACAAAUUCGUCAGGAUUGCAUCCACAAGACAACUCCGGAACGAGUGUCACUAAUGGAUUAAGUCACCUCAGUAACUCUAUGGAAGGUGGUGGAUCUCUUGGGAAUGGUGGUGGCAGUGGAGCAGGUGGAGGCGGUGGAGGUGGUGGAGGAGGAGGAGUACAAACAAUGAUACUAGGCAAUCGUACCGCAAUCGGAAGACUGCACUCCAAAUCCGCCCUGCUACCUACAACGGUAUCGAAUCUGUCCAGCGAACCUACCGACUUCAUGGAGCAAUGGAACCCAAGCCCACCUUGGUCCGAUACUACCGCACAGAAGGUGCCGGACAUAACGCACCAAGAACUAUCCCCCUACAUGACGACUACACCCCCCACACCUACCAGUGCUCCCCAUCAGCAUCACACCGGAGGCUUUCCGACGGCGACCACGUUCUCCUUCGACUGGAUGCCAGAACAGUUUGUACCGAUCGCAACCGAUUGCACCGGAACCACGCUUGUGUCGUCGGGUAGCACUGUCGUAUCGCAGUCGGUGUCUGGAACAUCCUCAAUUUCCUGCCUUUCCACCAGCAACAGCAAUCACAGUACGGUAACGGGGAACUUGGGUUGUGUGUUGCCUUCCAGUUGUCUUACACAGGACGGGCUACCAAUUCCUGGACUCUCAUUGCCAUUGCCAGUAUCACUUCAAAUACCUCCACCACCUUGGCCAUCAGACCAUCGGCUAUUGGCACUGGAAGGUGGUACGGGAACUGCAACAGCAUCGGCAUCGUCGGGAGAUAGUGGAACAACGGAACGUAAGCCACUGGAGGAUCAUCAGGAUCAGCGAAGAUCUCACUGAACUACUAUCUCAACUAGUUGUUACUAAUGUUUCCAACUAUUGCGUAGUCGGCCUUGGGUGGAUUACUGUUGAUAGGUGUAAAACUUAUUUAUUCUAG